GAAUUACGUCAGGGUACAAACUCAUUCAGCGAGAGUUGCGUUGCGUCUGUUGAUAUUCUGCAAAAUAAUGAGUCUAGAAAGCGAUAGCGAUAUUGUCCGGCAGAUUUGUGCAAAACAAUUGAUUUCCUAAGGCUUAGCCAGAGAAUUUUAAGUCAAUUCAACGUGGAAACAAUAAAUUUCGACUUUGUAACGCUGUGAGCGAGAACUGUUGGCGAUUUUUAAAGGCUCUUCUUGACAGCUCAGUACGGUCGAUUUUAUACUCAUUGAAUUGUAUGUGAAUUUCCGUAUGGAUGUCAGUUUCCCGCCUACAGAAAGUUAUCAGUCUGAAAGCCCUGCAAGACUGAGCGAAGAGGUCGUUCAUUCGCUCUACGCAGAUGAACUGCCUAACAAGAGAAUGAUAACAUCUCGUGUAGAGCAACGUUCCAAUUUAGCAGAGACUGUGAGCUUCGAGAAUAACAUUAUGUUAAAUCCAGAAGAUAUAACGAAAGCCGCUCCGCGCAACAUGAAAGACGACAGAGAAUUCUACAAAGCCUUUGGUAAUAGUAAAAUGUCAAAGUUUGGUGUUGGAAAAAUUGGAUUGCAAAAAGGCUACGGUUAUGAAACUAUUCGUGAAAUGGAUGGCCCCUCCAAGAACUCCACGCCAGAAGCUCGAACGUCCGUCAUAAGAGAGAUGUCCAGCACUCGACCGCAAUUCUCAGACAGCCAUACGUCCAUAAACGAUAGAGAUAUGGAAUCUGGUGAAUACCCAAGUCUACGAUGUUACGAGAAAGUUGAGUCAGAAAAAAAUGAUAUUGCUUCAAGAAAUCUACGUAUUAUGCAAAAGGAAAGUGUUACAACGCAACCAGAUACCAUGGGUCAAAGGUUUUCUGAUAAACAUUUUCGUACCUCAAUUUCUGGUAAUCAUGCGUUUCAGAUGUCCAGCAUCGAAACGAGGCCCACGAAUCAAUCGUAUUUUCCGCAUACAAUGUCUCAUGCAACUUAUCGUGUGCAACUCCCCCCCGAAUUUGAUUCUCGUUCUGAGGGCCGGGGAAACCAUUAUAUAUAUGAUGGUUCUGGUCAUGCGUUAGCGUCGUCUGUUAUGAGUUACGGUGGUUUAACCUCAAACUAUAUCGCAGAUGGAAAGUUUAUGCAAAAUCAUGUCGAACGACCUAGAGGUAACCCUGGACUUGGUUUAUUUGAUGGCAGACCUCCUGUAUCUAGCGAAAGUCUGCAGAAAGUGAAAAACAUGCCUCAAGAACAGGACAGCAUUAAAAUUAACGCAAGAGAGUCCACCAUCUCAAAAACUGUUGAAGAAAAGAAGUCCAAUGGGCAAGGUUUCCUGGAACAAGAGUCAAUGACACAUGGAAGUAAGGUUUUGAAAGGAGAGAAUAGACAGAUAGAAGACAGCAAGAUGGCAAAAGGCAAAAGAGGUGUUAGUGGAAAAACAGAUGGCUCCGUUGAGUGCCAGCAAUGUCGCAAGAAGUUUGGUAGCUCUAGUGCAUUGGCAAAACAUAAAGCCACACAUAGUGAUGAGCGCAAGUACAUCUGUCACAUUUGUGAAAAAGGAUUCAAAAGACAAGAUCACUUAAAUGGACAUUUGAUGACACAUCGAGAUAAAAAACCCUUUGAAUGUCAGUACUGCGAAAAAAGUUACUGCGAUCAUAGAUCCUUGAAGAGACACUACGAAAAUUAUCAUCCCAAUCAAGAUCGUGUUAAAGUAAACCCUGCGCCAUCUCACCGAGCGAACACGGAGAUAUUACGCCCGGUUCAAAUCGAGGGAAGAUUCACACCUGAAAAAGAUGAAAUUCGUUGCAGUCCUAUGGAUCCUAAGUUCGAUCUUCAACGUAAAGAGAAGUUUGUCCGUAAACGAAACAGCGAUAGUAUGUGUUCCAACAACUCUGAUGAUAUUGCUAGACGCGCCGAUAACGAAUCUCCGCGACUUGUUUUUGACAAUUCACAAACGGCCAUUGGAAUGUUGAAACAGGUCAUCGAAUCUCACGAGCAAAAUAAAGAGAAAAAUAUGGUUGAGGGUUACCCUCGAUCUGGGUAUUACCAGUAUCCAGACCCACAGAGAUGGCUCAUUCCCUAUCAUCAAGCUCAUAUGAUGAAGCUCAUGCAAAUGAACCAACCUCCUAUACUGGUACAGCAUGGCAAUAUUCCUCCAAUGAACCCAUAUUGUUCCACUGAUCCUCCACAACUUGUUCCUAUCUAUCAUCCUGUGAACCAGAAGCAUCCUUCGAACGAACCUCUUCAUGAUGAUAACGGAACGAGAAAGGGGGAUGAUGAGGUUUAUGAAUGUAUCCGAGAAACUGCUAUUCCUACUGAUCCCACGUCCGUGGCCAUCAUCAAUGCAAAAGAGGAUCAGGAUGUCUCUACAAGACAUUUGCAGUUAAAGGAUGACUAUCCUCGCGAGUUCCCACAUUCAAUGCAAUGGAAAACUAUAAAGGUGCCAAACAAUGGUAUGGCAGUACAAUCGAUGGGUAACAUUCAGCAAUCAAACAUGAUCAUAACUAGUCAUAAUAGUCUAAAACGAGAGCGAGCACCAAGCAAAGCGAUAUUGUCCUCCGCCACCCUCUCCUUCAUCAUUAAAUAUGGCAAAGAAGGUCUACUCAAGCUAGCUGAACCUUCAUUCAAAUCUGACGAGAAUCAGGACAGGAUGUUCAAGAACCCACCGACUACCCCAGUACGCAAACCUCGCCAUCGACCCAGCCCCAUAAACAUUUCGUGCUCGAACUUUCAAUACGAUUCGCCUCCUAUAUACACACCACCGCCAAUGCUGAGCCCGCACAGCAUUUUUCACACUCCCAGAGUAAAUGGGACCCCUAUAACUCCCGGAGGAAGAAUUAUUCUUUCUGCCGGAGCAAGGAGCCGUAAAAAUAGCAUUGAUGAAGAUAACGUUAGCGCAGGCGCAGAUGGCUCCAGUGAAGUUAUAGUACCUGAACCUAAAAUCAAUAUUGGUCCAGCAUUUCAAGCGAACGUGCCAACCACGACAGAACCUCGCGAGAGAACAAGUUCUGAUAAGCACAGGGCGGCUGUCUGCUGGCUUCCCUUCGAACAAGAAACAAGGAAACGUGCUGAAGAAAUUGAAGCGUACCUUGAAAUGGCUUGUUCUGUCGCAAUGUUUGGGGGUGGAUCUAACAAGGAAUACGCUUUGCAUGUUCUCUUCCGAUUAAAAGGAAAUAUUAAGCUUGCGGUCAAACAUAUCCUUGCAAAUAAGAGUGCUAUCCGAAAUGAAGACUGCCUGGCUGAUUAUCAUUACGAAGGCUCAGACAGAUGGUCAUCGAAAGAAAGAUUAAAGUUCCGAGAAGCGCAUGACAAAUACGGAAAAAAAUUCCACGAAAUCGCAAAAGAGAUAAAAGGCAAGACCGCUCAACAGUGCGUCGAAUUUUAUUAUCUAUGGAAAGCUUGUCGUACUGAAGGCACCAGAUCAAGGCGUGGAUAUACAGAGGAGAUUGAGUCCGAGCAUGAAAAUGUAGAUAUUCCUAGCGACGAUGAGAGUGAAACGUUUUUCUUUGUAUGUGACUUCCCUGAAUGUAACUCGAGUUUCAUAUCGCGCCAGGCACUAAAUGGACAUAUCAGAGUUCACGGUGGCAGCUUUAUGAAGCCGGAACCCAAACGAAUCAAAGUACGAACGACAGCAAGUUGUGAUAGCAAUGCAAGGACAUCGGCAUCUACAAGUACAAGUCGAGUGACAACGAAGACGUCAAGAACUGUUAAAACAACUCCAGCUGAACCAGUUUUAAAUAGCGACGGGACUUUAGCCGAAUUUCCGUGUAAAGUUUGUGGAAGAGUUUUCAAUAAAAUCAAAAGUCGCUCGGCUCACAUGAAGACACAUGUGAAAAGAAACGAUGACAACGGUGGUAAGUCGAAAUCGUGAUGGUGAUCCCGUAGUUGAAAUGUGGAUUUGAUUGCUUAGCAUACGGUCGUUUUGAAUUACUACAAAUUAUUUUGUGCAAAAGUUUUAAUAUAUUUACGUAUUAAGCGUUUUUUUUGUAUUCAUUGGCAACGUUACGCUGAACUUUUAUACAAGUUUUGUAUAGUGUAUAUAAUAUAGACUAUCACAUGUUGAUAUCAAUUGUACAUUACUGUACAUAUUUAUGUAUAUAGAGGUAUAUAUAGAUGUGUUGAAGUAUUUCGUUUACCUUAAUUUUGUUUUGUUGAAGUAAGGAGAAAGAGGAUUUUAUUGGACUGUUAAACUAUCAAACUGAAUUUGAAAACGAGCAAUCUAGCACUGCAACUGGGAAGAUCAUAGUAAAUUUAGUGGAAUUGAAGUGAAAGUGGAUUAGAUAGGCUAUAACUUAUUGAUUUUUGAUUAAGUGAAAAAUUUCCAUUAUUGUAACAAUCUUCAAAAGCGUCCAACAAUGUCAAACAAAAAUCUCCUUUCUCUUCUAUUCAUAUAUCGAUAUUUUGAAUUCAUAUUUUAUGUUGAUUUAUGAUCUAUUUAUGUUUUGGACAGCGUGGCCGAUAGAGUUUCUUUAUAUAUCUUGAUGUGAUUUGUGUAGGAAAUUAAAUGCUGGCAUUUGAGUAUUACAAAUGUAAAAAUUUUAUUAAGUUUUAUAUCUGGUAUAAUAAAUAUUUAUUGGGAAUAAUCAUA